UGCACAUCUACGCAGACAUCCCACGUGAUCUAUGUUUACAAGUGCGUUAUAAGUACAGAGGAAGAUUGAGACAACAGUUCUAAGCAGUAGAAGUUAUCAAUUGGAUCAAUUUUGACAAAUUAAUGGGAAUGGAUUACUCCAAACAAUCACAAUCAACUGUUCAUCCACCCCCACCAAACCAACCCUAUCCUCAAUCGGCACCACAACCAAGUGCCCCUCCCCCAUACAGCGCACCGCCUCAGCCGUAUAACGCCCCUUAUGGUGCUCCUCCGCCGGCUUACAAUUAUGGACCUAAUCCUUACCAACCAGCGGGACAGCCAUAUGGACCAUAUGGGCCACCCCCACCCCCACCAGUACAACACGUGGCACCACCAACAGUGGUAUACGUAGAUGGACACCACGGGCACCAUGGGCAUCACGGCUUUGGGCACCAUGGCUUUGGCCACCAUGCAUUUGGUGGUCACCAUGGGAUUUUUGGCCACCAUGGCGGACAUCAUGGUUUUGGUCACCACGGUGGGCACCAUUGAACAAAACUAUAAUAAGUUCAGUUUUGUGCAAUUUUAUUUUAUACAGUGUUUGUUAGAAACACUAAUAGAAGUGCUAUGUUUUAGUUUCGUAUUUGUUACGUUUAUGUAUAUAUAUAUUGUACCCUCUCAGGGUGGAAAAAAAAUCCAUCAUUUCUUUUCACUGUUUUUGCUAAUAUUGUUGUAUUUUCUUGUUACAUGAAAUUCAAUUUGUUGUUUACGAACUGCAAACAAUUGAAAUGAGUAAUAAAACGAAAUAUUGAUUAAAAA